CUCUCAAAAAGACAGACCAGACCAGACCAGAUAUUCGUCGUCCAUCUCUGGCCCGCAUCGCAUUUUCGGCACAAUGGCGGCCUUCGAGUCGCUACAGGAGCGCCUUGCCGCGUUGCAAGAGACCACAGGGCAGCUGCGCGAGCUGAUUGACCGACUCGCAACCAUCACGUUCCAGCCCGGGUCGGUCCCGAUGAGCGCCAGCGACGAGGACAACGUCGCUGCCGAGCUGGGCGCCGAAAUCAGCCAGAUCCUGCGCGAGGAGGAGGAGGACCUUGAGUUGCUCCAGGAGGAAAUCAUCGACCUGCGCGCCGGCCGCCCGGGCAGCGAAGCCGAGCAGCGCAAGACGAGGCUAAAGGAGGGCGUCCACCGGCUGCAGGCCGAGCUCAAAGACUGCCGAACCGCCUUCCGCAAAGCCCAGCUCUCCGCCCGCCGCAGCCUCGACGCCGCCCAGAAGCUCGAGCGUGAGCUGCUCCUCGCCUCCUACGCCGCCGCGGCAACAUCCCCUUCCUCCUCCACCGUGCUCACCACCAACCCGGACGACAACAACAACAACCCCAACAACCCCAACACAGACAGCGACACCACCAACCCCGCACCCGCCCCGUCCUCCACCGACGACCCCCGCGCCCAGCUCUUCACCGCGCGCGACCGGCGCCGGUGGCAGCACAAACGCCCCCACGCCGCCUCCUCGGACCCAGCCGACGCCGCGCUCGCCACGUCGAGCGACAUCACCCUCGCGCUGCGGCGCACGCACGCGCUGAUCGCGGGGGAGCUGAGCAAGUCGGCGUUCGCGGCGCAGACGCUGGCCGAGAGCUCGGCGGCGCUGGCCGAGCUACAGCGCAGCUACGAGGGCGUGGCGGGCCUGCUGACGCGCUCGCGCGAGCUGGUCGGCGAGCUCGUGCGCGCCAACAAGAGCGACACGUGGUACCUGCAGGCCGCCGUGCGCCUGCUGCUGGCCACGCUGGCCUGGCUCGUGUUCCGGCGCCUGCUGUACGGCCCGCUGUGGUGGCUUGUCUGGCUGCCCGUGCGGACCGGCUGGCGGGUUGGGAAGGGGGUUGUCGUCGGCGGGGGGAGUCAGCAGGGGGGUGGGAGGAUGGAAGUUGUUGGGCCUGGCGAGGAAGAAGGAGAUUGGGGAGGACGGAGGAGGACGGUUGUGGUUGGGGUUGGGGAGGAAGGGGCGGUACCGACGGUGCGAGUGGCGGGGAGGGCAGGGACGGAGGAAAAGGAAAAGGGGGUGCCGGACUCGAUGGUGGAGCAAGUCGGUCGGAUGGUAGAGGAUACGCUGAACCGGCGGGACGAGGAGGAGGAGGCGAAUCGGACGGAGGGCGACGAGCUGGAGGACCGGCCGAAUCCGAUGAAGAGGAUGUGGGAGGAGGAGGGCGUGCAGGAGGCGGAAGGCAUCAGGGAUGAGCUCUGAUGAAUUGUCCAGGGACCGCCGUUUACGAAAAUAGAUACCCCUUAUGCUCACCAUGUGUCCAUUCCACUUGCUCCUCACAUGAUGAUGA